AUGAAUAAGGAACAGCAGCCCGCAAAAGCAGACGACAAGGAAGCAGUACUGUCUUCUGAUCGAACGGAAAAAGGGUCGACGACGAACACGUGGUGCAUUGCAAAGCCGUCGACAAAUAAUGAUAAACUUCUUCACAACGUGGAAUACAGCUGCGGGGAAGAUAAUGUGGACUGUCAUAGCAUUCAGCUUGGAGGAAGCUGCUUCCAUCCAAACAAUGCAGUCUCUCAUGCUUCAUUUGCUAUGAAUCUCUUCUACCAGGAUUCCGGGAAGCACCCUUGGAACUGCGACUUUAAUGGAACCGGUCUCAUAGUUUCUGACAACCCAUCUUUUGGUAAAUGUCAGUAUCCGGCUUGAUGAGAGAGCUCAAGAUAAGAAGUCAAGGAAUGAAGACACU